AUGUCGUCGCUUGCACCAACAAUAUCGAGUGUCUCAGCUUCGCUCCCUUUGCCGCUCAAAGACGAUCAGCCUGCAGACCUCAACAUCCCAGAUAACUAUAUCGACUGGGUGCUCAAGAAUCAGAAGCCCCUCCCGCCGAUUACAUGGUCAAAUUGGUGGAAGCGGCUCAACCGCCUUACCCUCACCAUAUUGCUGCUCACUCAUCUAAUUUCCAUCUGGGGCGUGUUUCAUGUUUCGCUCUGCUGGAAAACUGCUAGUUGGAGCAUCGCUUACUAUUUUAUUACUGGCCUUGGGAUAACUGCUGGAUACCACAGGCUAUGGGCACAUCGAUCAUACAACGCAUCCAAACCACUCCAGUAUUUCCUUGCGAUGGCAGGCACGGGUGCCGUGCAAGGUUCGAUUCGCUGGUGGUGCCGCGGACAUCGUGCUCAUCACCGUUACACUGAUACGGAACUCGACCCGUACAACGCAUUGAAAGGCUUUUGGUGGGCGCACAUCGGCUGGAUGAUGAUCAAGCCACGACGCAAACCAGGCAUCGCCGACGUCAGCGAUUUGAGCAAGAACGCAGUCGUACGAUGGCAGCACCGCUGGUAUCUCCCGCUCAUCAUCGGCAUGGGCCUCGUACUGCCCACGGUUGUCGCAGGGCUCGGCUGGGGAGACUGGAAGGGUGGAUUCUUUUACGCCGGUGCAGCGCGUCUUUGCUUUGUUUACCACUCGACUUUCUGUGUCAACUCCCUGGCUCAUUGGCUGGGCGAAGCGUCGUUUGACGAGAAGCACACCCCACGAGACCAUGUGAUCACCGCGCUCGUUACCAUCGGCGACGGCUACCACAACUUUCACCAUCAGUUCCCUAUGGACUACCGCAGUGCGAUCAAGUGGUAUCAGUAUGAUCCGACCAAGUGGUUCAUCUGGACUUGUCAAUUGGUUGGCCUCGCAAGUCAUCUGAAGGUUUUCCCGGACAACGAGAUCCGCAAGGGCCAAUUGACGAUGCAGCUGAAGCGGCUGAAGGAUACGCAGGAAGGUCUGACAUUCGCGCCUGACGUUAAUGGGCUUCCAGUGAUUAGUUGGGAAAGCUUCCAGGAGCAGGCGACAAAACGGCCUCUUGUCGUGAUUGGGGGAUUCAUUCAUGAUGUGUCUUCGUUCAUGGACGAGCAUCCUGGCGGUCGGCAUCUCAUCGCUAAGAAUAUCGGGAAAGACGCAACGACUGCAUUCUUCGGUGGAGUGUAUGACCAUUCAAAUGCAGCUCAUAAUUGGCUUUCGAUGAUGCGCGUCGGCGUUUUGCAUGGUGGCACUCAACAUGGCCUUGACGACAAGAAUGUGCCGCCAGCGCAGCGCAUGCGGGUUAUGCACUACCACGAGUUUGGAUCUGCAUCCUCUUCAGCUUGGUCAGACGAAGAAGGAAUCGGGGGGUGA